UGAUUCUUAGCCACAAUGGCCUUCGGAGCCCAUGCCUCUGUCCUCCUCCUCCUCCUCCUCCUCUUCGUCUCCUCCGCGUCUUCCGCCUUGGAUAUUGUCGAGAUCCUCCAACCAUACCCGGAGUACUCCACCUUCACCAAGUACCUCACCCAAACAAAGGUGGCCGAUGAGAUCAAUCGCCGCAAGACCAUUACCGUCCUCGUGGUCAAUGACUCCGCCAUCGCCCCCCUCUCUUCCCUCUCCGGCGACGCCCUCAAGAAUGCCAUCUCCGUCCAUGUCAUCCUUGACUACUACGACCCCUACACGCUCGAUAAUCUCCCCAACAAGACUGCUCUCCUCACCACCCUCUUCCAAGCCUCUGGCCACGCCACCGAUCGCUUAGGCUUCCUCAACUACACCGAGCUACCUGGGGAGCAGAUGGUAUUCGGCUCGGCCGCCCCUGGCGCCCCCCUCAACUCCGAGUUGAAUAAGGUGGUCGCCGUGCAUCCGUACGACAUCUCGGUGCUUGGGAUCAGUGCCGCCAUUGUGCCAUCCGGCUCUGGUAGUGUUGCAACAACGUCGCCCACGCGAAAGUUGGCACCAGCUCAAGCUCCGACGAUUGCACCAAGGAAGAAGACAGGUCCUAGCGCUCCCGCAGGAGCUCCAAAGUCGAGUCCUACUGUUGCAGCUCCCGUUGAGGGCCCAGCAGGAAGCGCAACGACGCCCACGGGAGCUCCAAAGUCGAGUCCCACUGUUGCGGCUCCCAUCGAGGGUCCGACGGGAAGCGCAGCGUCACCCGUCGACGGCAAGAAUGCAGAUGCGGACACAACUUCAUCACAUGCAAAAUCAACAGAAGCACCGAGUGGCUCAGACAAACCUUCUUCGGCGACGAGAACUAUUGUCGAUGCAGUCAUGGGGCUUGUCAUGGGAGUCUACGUCUUGGGAGCUCUUUAAAGCUUAUGAGGUGUGUAGGACGGGUUCUUUUGCUAGCACACAUGUAAUAUGGGUUUCAAGGGUCUCAUUAUUCUGGUUUGGACACUAAUUUAAAGUCUAUAUAACAUUCUUAAAA